AUGCCAGAUGAGCUUGCAACCUGCAAUUUGUGUUGCUGUACCAUGACCAAUAAGAUAUUCAUGGUGGUCUUCAUGAUAUCGCUCAUAAUUGCCAUACUUUUUGGAAACACUCUGACAUUGGCAGUGGUCUUUGGAACUAAACACUUCCAUACCCCACAGGGUUAUUUAAAAGCCUCGCUGGCUGUGGCAGACCUGGCGGUGGGAAUUUUCGUUGUUCCUGUGUCCGUUUACGCAGAAAUAUCUCUCAUGAUCCACAAUUCGAAACCGGAGUGGACAGUGCGCAAUUCCAAUAAUACAACUUUUCACCCUUGCAGAUUUAUCGGACCGGUGUUUGCCGGAUGCACUUUGGUUUCCAUCACAACCAUUUUCCUCCUGACCAUUGAAAGGAGCAUCGCCGUUUUGAAGCCGCUCCACAAGGAAUCUGUCAUUACCAAAAAAAGAACAAGCAUACUAAUCGUCUUUUCAUGGAUGGGGAGCUUUUUCUUGGCAACUUCCCCGAUAGUUUUCAGCAAUGAAAUCACUCUGGAGUACAAUCCUUGCAGUAGAAUGUGCAAUUACGCAUUGGGAAGCACCGACUUCCCAUCCCAGGCUUGGCACAUUCUCUUACUCUUCCCUGCAUUUGACUUUACCCUCCUCGGCGGCACUAUUGUCAUCAAUAUCAUAUCCCUCACAACAAUUCGCCAGCACUCAAAAAGAAGAAAGCACCUCGCUGAGACCGACAGCCAAAGCGCAACGAAACCAACCUUCUCCGACAUCAAGGCUGCCAAAACGAUAGGGACACUGACACUGGCUUUCACCAUGUCUUUCACUCCUAUUGCCGUGUUUGUUGUUGGAAAUGUGUUUGGAAACGAAUGGUGCACUUUUUCGUUUUUUGCCUUUUGGAUUUUGACCACAAACAGCUGUUGUAAUGUUAUUAUAUAUGGUGUGAGAGACCAGAAGUUUAGAAACCGCGCAAAUCAUAUGCUCAUAUCCGCACACUUGAAGAAUGCGCCAAAAAGCUGAACACAAAAUUGGGGGGAAAAAUUCACACAAACCUGCGUCUUAUUAUUUAAGCGUCAUUUAGCUGACGCGCAACAGUAUAUUACAGGGACAACCCCACUGGAUAAACCUGAAGAUAAAGGCAUAGUUCGCCCCAAAAUGAAAAUGAUCUCAUCCUUUACUCACCCUCGUGUCAUCCAAGAUGUGUAUGGCUUUCUUUAUUCAGCAGAACACAAAUGAACAAUUUUAGAACAAUAUUUCAGCUCUGCAGGUCCAUACAAUGCAAGUGAAUG